AUGCCAAUACCAACAAGCUGGAAUACUAGAGGAGAUGCCGCUACCGACAAAACUGGGAUGACUCGAGGAGAUGCCACUACCAACAGAACUGGAAUGAUUAGAGGAAAUGCCACUACCAACAAAACUGGAAUGAUUAGAGGAAAUGCUGCUACCAACAAAACUGGAAUGUUUAGAGGAAAUGCCGCUAUCAACAAAAUUGGAAUGACUAGAGGAGAUGUCGCUACCAACAAAACUGGAAUGAUUAGAAGAAAUGCCACUACCAACAAAACUGGAAUGAUUAGAGGAAAUGCCGCUACCAACAAAACUGGAAUGAUUAGAAGAAAUGCCACUACCAACAAAACUGGAAUGAUUAGAAGAAAUGCCACUACCAACAAAACUGGAAUGAUUAGAAGAAAUGCCACUACCAACAAAACUGGAAUGAUCAGAGGAAAUGCCGCUACCAACAGAACAGGAAUGAUUAGAAGAAAUGCCACUACAGACAAAACUGGAAUGAUUAGAAGAAAUGCCACUACCAACAAAACUGGAAUGAUCAGAGGAAAUGCCGCUACCAACAAAACUGGAAUGAUUAGAGGAAAUGCCACUACCAACAAAACUGGAAUGAUUAGAGGAAAUGCUGCUACCAACAAAACUGGAAUGAUUAGAUAA